CGAUACUUUAAAGGGCGCAUGAAUACGACGCUGGAGCUACACGUCGCCACUAGCAGGUGCACAACGUAGGAGGGGGAAACCAUAAAUACCAGGCGAAAGAUGGCAUAGCAUAUGUUGUUUUCACGUGUGCAGCGGACGGAAAAUCUCCCCUGUCAUAAACCACAAGCUCGUGCUUUGUCCCGAAUAAUGUCACGAGUGGCAAUCAGCUGAUGUGUUUUCUCCAGAGUCUCUCCAUAUUGAAGUUAUUGACUCUACUAUCAACAAAAUGUCAGGUACCUACACGCCAGCUCCUGGUGGGCCUUUCUCUGCUCUCACUCCGAGCAUGUGGCCCCAGGACAUCUUGGCCAAGUACCAUCAAAAAGACCCUUCAGAACAGCCUGAACUUCAGUAUGAUGAGUUUGGCUUCAGAGUGGACACUGACGACGACGGGGAGCCCAGGUCCUGGCUGGGCACCGAGGGCUCACCCCAGCGUGAAGACCCCCAGCAGCGGCUACGCUGGCAAGCCCACCUGGAGUUCACCCACAACCACACGGUGGGCGACCUGACCUGGGAGCUCAUCGACCCCGUCCUUCCACGCUCCGAGCGCCUGCGUACCCUCGUGCUGGGCGGGAUACCUCACAGCAUGAGGCCACAGCUGUGGAUGCGUCUGUCUGGAGCUCUGCAGAAGAAGAGGACCUCAGAGAUCUCCUACAGGGAAAUCAUCAAGAACAGCACCAACGACGACACCAGCACAUCUAAACAGAUAGAGAAGGACCUGUUGCGGACCAUGCCGACCAACGCGUGUUUCAACAGCAUGACCAGCGUGGGAGUCCCGAGGCUGAGGCGGGUACUGAGAGGCCUGGCCUGGCUCUACCCAGACAUUGGUUACUGUCAGGGCACGGGCAUGGUGGUUUCCUGCCUGCUGCUCUUUCUCGAGGAGGAGGACGCGCUGUGGAUGAUGUGCGCCCUGAUCGAAGACCUCCUCCCUCCGUCCUACUUCUCGUCCACUCUGCUGGGCGUCCAGACGGACCAGAGGGUCCUCCGCCAGCUUAUCGUCCAGUACCUGCCGGCGCUCGACCGCCUCCUGCAGGAGCAUGACAUCGAGCUGUCUCUGAUCACUCUGCACUGGUUCCUGACGUCGUUCGCCAGCGUGGUCGACAUCCGCCUGCUCCUCAGGAUUUGGGAUCUGCUCUUCUACCAAGGCUCACUGGUUCUGUUCCAGGUCACACUGGGGAUGCUCAAGAUUAAGGAGGAUGAGCUCGUGUCCUCUGAGAACUCCGCUUCCAUUUUUAACACCUUGUCGGAUUUGCCGAGCCAGCUGAAAGACGGACCCACGGUACUGGGGGAGGCCAUGAGGCUAGCGGGGACGUUAUCCCAGGACGCCCUGGAAGCCCACCGACACAAACACCUCGCCUACAUCUUAAAUGAACAGGCGCAGCUCAACAAUGGAAACAACGCAACACUCCACACCAACCUCAACAAGGUGGUGAGGAGACAGUCUCUGCGCAGGAAGUCCACGCUGACCUCCUUGCUGUUUGGGGAGGACGAGGCAGAAGCUCUAAAAUCCAAGAACAUCAAGCAGACGGAGCUGGUGGCCGCUCUGCGAGAGGCCAUAGGACGCACCGCGGAGCACUUCCACUGUCUGGACCCACGCCACUCCAGCACUGACCUGACCCCCGACUACUCCAUGGAGAGCCACCAGAGAGAUCACGAAAACUUUCUCGUGGUGUCUCGCAACCGGCGGAGGCGGGCAAAGGCCCUGCUGGACUUCGAGCGCCAUGACGACGACGAGCUGGGCUUCAGAAAGAAUGACAUCAUCACCAUCGUCUCACAAAAGGAUGAACACUGUUGGGUUGGUGAGCUCAAUGGCCUCAGAGGUUGGUUUCCAGCAAAGUUUGUGGAGAUUCUAGACGAAAGAAGCAAAGAGUAUUCACUGGCAGGCGAUGACUCUGUGACGGAGGCGGUGACCGAUCUGGUCAGAGGAACUCUGUGUCCAGCCCUGAAGGCCAUAUUUCAGCACGGCCUCAAGAAGCCGUCCAUACUGGGAGGCCCCUGUCACCCCUGGUUGUUCAUAGAGGAGGCGGCCAGUAGGGAGGUGGAGAGAGACUUCAACUCUGUCUACUCUAGACUGGUGCUGUGUAAAACCUACAGGCUAGAUGAAGAUGGCAAAGUCCUAACACCAGAGGAGCUGCUAUACAGAGCGGUGCAGUCGGUCAACAUGAGCCACGACUCGGCACACGCUCAGAUGGACGUCAAGUUCCGCUCUCUCAUCUGCGUCGGCCUCAAUGAGCAGGUGCUGCACCUGUGGCUGGAGGUGCUGUGCUCCAGCAUGGCCGCCGUAGAGAAGUGGUAUCAGCCUUGGUCGUUCCUGCGCAGCCCUGGAUGGGUACAGAUCAAGUGUGAGCUCAGGGUCCUAUCAAAGUUUGCCUUCAGCCUCUCCCAAGAUUGUGAGCUACCUGACAAGAAAGAGGAGAAGGAGCAGAAGCCGCUGAAGGAGGGAGUUCAGGACAUGUUGGUGAAGCAUCACCUGUUCAGCUGGGACAUCGACGGCUAGACACGCAGCAAAAACAAAAAGGAAGGAAAAAAAAAACAUUUAAAACGCAACUCGUCCUGCGUCUGUGUGUCGUUGACGUCUCCUCACCUGUUCCUUACAGACUGUCGGUCAUUAUUUAGGCGAAAGGAAACUCCACAGACCACGACUGAAACUCAUUAAGUGCAACAGGUUGGUAUGUGCUGCAGCAUGUGUACAUUAUAGUGCAUACUUUAUUUUCAUUCAUAUUUCGUGUAGGAAGGUUCACAGCAAGGUUAGGAAUACACGCGUACAACACUCCUGCUGUACACAGUAGUGUGUACUCCUGGGACUGGAGCACAAAACCAGUUCAGUGACCUCCUCAGUGCUCUGGUCAUUCAGCUUUUCAGUGUGUUUUUCUGCAGGCGUGAGUGAUCAUUACUCUGUAAAUGCCCCCAAAUUUUAAGACCAAAAUAGAACAUUCCUAAACAUGAAGCUGUAAAGUUUAUUUUUGAGAAGAGUUAAAUCGAUAUUCUGAAUUCCACAAAAAAAAAAAAACACUAAAACACCAAAAAAAACCCUCCAUUUAAUCCAGAUGUUGCACAUGCCAAGUAUAGCCUUUUCAGAUUGUGAUACAAAACUCGGGGUUGUGUGUGUGUGUUACCAUGACAGUGGUAGCGAGACGUCUGCACUUGUAUGAUAUACUGUACACGGAGCAGAUACUGUUUGUGUUACAACAAAAUUAUAUAUAUAUGGUCUAUAAUUUGUUAUGUUGUUUUUUUUUUUGUAUAUAAACACAUUUGUUGCUUCUAAAUGUAACAUUAGGCAGGAUUUUAUCAUUGUUACUUCACAUAUUGAACUUAAAAGUACAUUCAGUCCCCGUUCAGAUGUUGGGUUGAUGAUCUAAUCACAAGGGACCAGCUUUAAGUCCAGGGGUGAACACACUCAGGACGCAUGCGACUGAUCUGAAAUCAGACCACCUCCAAACGUGGUCUGAUUUCACAUCAGUCAAAUGCCUGUUCAUUAGUAAUGAGCCUUUUGAAAUAUUCUGUCUUAGUCGCUGAAACGAAGUAAGAAACAAAUCCAAACAAGGAUGAAUAAAUUACAACUGCUGCGAAUAUAUUGAACUUUACCACGAGAGAUUUGUUUUGCUCCAAACAGCACAGCAGGGAAAUGACGGUGGAGGUUUACAGGGUUUGAGUCAUAAUCUGAGCUUCAUAGCUAAUGUCAGGACGGAGGUAAAUAUUAAAUAUGACUUUGAAGCUUGUAAAAUAUGCAUUAUCUCUCCAUGACGUGCAGCUCACAGAUGUUCAUGGUCCUGAUGCAGAUGUUUUUCUAUCGAACCCUAAAAUCAUGCUAGUGUUAAUUUCGCACACAUGGCGUGAAACUGAAAUUAGAUCUGAAGCGCUGGCUGGAGACACGUGUGGAGACAUUUCGAUUCCAGGUGUGAACACGGGUACUUAAAGCUGGAAACUUGUGAUUGAGAUGCCUGGGUUGGACGUUACCUCACUAAAGCAUGGUGGAGGCAGCAUCAUGCUGUCAGGCUCAGAGGACAGGAAGGGUCAAGAACUGUGUGCAGAAAAACCAUGUAGCUUAAAGAAAAUUCUUUCGUUUGACAGAAAUUUCCAAUUAAAACCACAAAGCAUAAAUAUUUUGAAAACCC